AUUCGAUUGAUGGGUGACAACUGUAGCUUUCACAUUCCAGCCGUUUAUUAUUAAUUCCAUUUAAUUGAGUGCGCUCCGCUUUGCUUGGCCAAUGUGUUUUUUGCGUUUUCUAAUGCAGGCGCGUUCCACGCUCAGCCGCUAUCUACCCGAGAAAGCGGCCAGCGCCAGCCCGAGCUCGGGCUCCGGCUCCGGCUCGAGUUCAGCUCGGCAAUUGGAGGCGGGCAGCACACGCAAACUGCAUCUGGUUAUGGGCAAUGAGUCGUGCGAUCUGGACUCGGCGGUUUCGGCCCUAACACUGGCCUUCAUCUAUGCCCAGCGGGAGCAGGGGCACGACUAUGUGCCGGUGCUCAAUAUACCGCGGCUCGAUUAUCCGCUCAAAACGGAGGUGGGCCACAUGCUCAACAGGUGCGACAUCACUGAGCAAUUGCUGCUCUUUCGGGACGAUCUGCCCCAGCAAUUGGCUGGCGAUAUCAAUGUCAUUCUCGUGGAUCAUCAUGUCAGCAAUUUGGCCAAGCAUGUUGUCGAAAUACUCGAUCAUCGACCGAUGGAAUCAAAUCCGGCCAUGCAGCUGCUGCCGGAGCAGUGCGUGCGCCACAUUGAGCCCGAGCUGGGCUCCUGUGCAACGCUCAUCGGCGAACGCUAUUUGGCCGAGCAGCAGCCGCGCUCGAGCCGAGUCACCCAGCUGCUGCAUGCCACCAUAUUGCUGGACACGAUUAACUUUGCGCCGGCUGCCAAACGGUUUUGUGCACGCGAUCUGGCCAUGGUCGAGCAGCUGGAGCUGAUGAUGCUCGAACCGGAAGGCGGCCAAUUCGAUGAUGCCGAGAAUAAGCGACGUCGUCGCAGCCUCUUCGAUGAGCUGGUGGCCGCACGUGCCGACAUUAGCCGGCUGACGCUGGCCGAGGUGCUGCGCAAGGAUAUGAAAAAGGUGCAGACCGAACACCAUACGGUGCCCAUGGCCGGGCUGCCGAUGCUGGUGCGCGAUUUCAUCGAGCUAAGCGAUGCGGAACAGGCAAUACGCGAAUUUGCCAUGGGCAGCAAUCUGGCCGUCAUACUGGGCAUGUUUGUGCCGCCCGGCCACGGUCAGGUGGUGCGCGACGUGGCGCUCAUCUCGCUAACCGGCCAGACACAGCUGGUGGAGCGUGUGCGCAAAGCGCUGCUCGAUUGCCAGACGCCGCCGCUCAAUCUCCAGCCGCACACGGUCGAUACGCACUUCAUGGGCGGCUGCUAUUUGCGACAGCACAAUAUACAGGCCACGCGCAAACACAUUCUGCCCGUGAUCAAGCGUGUGCUGCUCGAGAUGGAGGCCUCACAGCGCUGCGACUGCGACGAUGUCUACUUUUUCAAGGAGAAGCCCAAGCUGGGCCUGUCCUAGACGCAGCACGCAGCCGCCGCAAGUACAAAUCCGUGCAGAAGAGUUUAUCGUAUUA